AUGGCUCUUUCAUGGACAUCAGGGGCUUGGACACUGGCAGCAUUGGGUUUUCUUAGCUGCUGUAGUUUUGGCUGGUGUGAGGCCUCAAGGACUAGUGGUUCGACCCCAGGAGGAAGUAGACAGGAGCAAGGACCCUCAUCAUUGGAACGAGUAAAGAGAGGAUGGGUGUGGAACCAGUUUUUUGUGGUAGAGGAGUACACGGGCACAGAGCCACUCUACGUAGGAAAGAUCCAUACAGACUCUGACGAAGGUGAGGGGAACAUCAAGUACACUAUCUCUGGAGAAGGGGCGGGCUCUAUCUUUAUCAUCGACGAGCUAACAGGAGACAUCCAUGCCACAGAGAGACUGGACCGAGAACAGAAGGCUCUUUACACACUUAGGGCCCGGGCCUGGGACCGGCUUUCCAAUGACCCUCUGGAAUCAGAGUCUGAAUUUGUCAUCAAGGUCCAGGACAUCAAUGACAGUGAGCCCAAGUUCUUGAAGGCUCCCUACAUCGGCAGUGUGGCAGAGCUGUCACCCAUAGGAACAUCCGUUAUGACGGUUACUGCAUCAGAUGCUGACGACCCUGCAUACGGCAGCAGUGCCAAAGUGGUGUACAGCGUACUGGAUGGAGAAAAGAUUUUCACUGUUGGCAGACUUACAGGAAUCAUCAUGACAGCAGUGGCAGAUUUGGACCGCGAGACACAGGAACGGUAUGAGUUGGUCGUCAAGGCAACAGACAUGGCAGGACAAAUGGGCGGUCUCUCUGGCUCCACUACGGUGACCAUAGUGAUCACAGAUGUUAAUGACAACCCACCGCGCUUCCCACAGAAGAUGUACCAGUUUUCUGUGUCAGAGGGGGCGGCUGUGGGGACACCGGUUGGACGCGUCAUUGCCACAGAUGCAGACAUGGGAGAGAACACUGACAUGAGCUAUCUGAUCAAAGAGGAAGGGGAGCUCUUCAAGGUCACUACAGAUGUAGAGACACAGGAAGCUAUUGUCUCCAUCAAGAAGCCACUGGACUUCGAGAGCAAGCGCACACACAAUGUUGUUGUGGAGGCGGUGAAUAAGCACGUUGACCCUCGCUUCGUAGACCUUGGUUCCUUCCGGGACCAGACCAUUGUACGCGUCAGUGUGUCGGACAUAGAUGAGCCACCCAUCUUUCAGCCAGCGGAGGGCGCUAUGAUGGAGGUGCAGGAAGAUGCCAAAGUAGGAGCAGUGGUUGGCAUCAUCACUGCCAGGGAUCCAGAUGUGAAGAAUAAACCUGUCAGGUUUUCCAUCGAUCGGACCACAGACCAGGAGAUGAUCUUCCAUAUUGAUCCUGAUUCGGGUGCCAUCACACUGGGAAAGAAUUUGGAUCGAGAGACCGCAGGAUGGCACAACAUUACAGUGAGGGCUGUAGAAGCAGAUAACCACACCAUGGCGUCCCACUCAGCAGUGAGUAUUCGGAUUUUGGAUGUAAAUGACAAUCCUCCUGAACUGGCCACACCGUACGAAGCCUCUAUAUGUGAAGAUGCCAAACCAGGCCAGCUAAUUCACACUAUCAGUGUGGUGGAUAGAGACGAACCACAAUCUGGUCAUCGCUUUUACUUCACCUUGGCCCCUGAAGCCUCCGGCAAUCGACACUUCACCCUCUGGGAUGUCAAAGACAACACAGCUGGCAUCCGGACCCAGCGGUCAGGCUUUAACCGCCAUGAGCAGAAUGUGUACUUCCUGCCUAUCCUGGUGGUUGACAGUGGACCUCCUUCCCUGAGCUCCACAGGCACCCUGACCAUUCAUGUCUGUGGCUGCGACACAGAGGGAGCCAUCCAGUCCUGCAAUGCCACAGCCUAUGUAAUGAGUGCUGCUCUCAGCCCAGGGGCACUCAUAGCACUUCUGGUCUGCAUGCUCAUCCUCAUAGUCCUCGUCUUGCUGAUCCUGACCCUGAAACGCCACAGGAAGGGCCAGAGGAUGACGGAGGAUGAGGAGGACAUGAGAGAUAACGUCAUCAAGUACAACGACGAGGGCGGAGGGGAGCAGGACACUCAGGCGUAUGACAUGAGCGCUCUGAGGAACCUCUAUGAUUUCCCAGAGGCAAAGAGCUGUGACUCUGGCCCGGACAUCCGCUCACUGCCGCAGUGGAUACAGUCCAACCGGCCGAGUGGUGGUGGUGCAGACGGAGCUGCAGCAGCGGCGGCAGACUUCUCCCUAUUCAAAGGCUACAUCCGAAAGAAGGUGGAGCAGGCCGAUGCUGACCUGUCGGUGCCGCCGUAUGACUCCUUCCAGACGUACGCCUUUGAGGGCAACAGUUCGCCAGCGCUUUCACUAAGCUCCAUCCACACGCUGUCCACCACCUCCGAGCAGGAUUUCUCCUACCUCAGCGACUGGGGACCACGUUUCAGGCAGCUGGCGGGCUACUACGCUCCAGGAAACCCUGAGGAAGAAGGGUCCUAG